AUGCAAAAUGCUGAUGAUGCAAGCAGCAACUACAACAAGCGACUUUUGGCGGUGGCAACUGGAAGCUGUCUACCGAAAGAGGAAUCCUUACAAGCUGCAUCGAGUGAAGAAGCGCUUCUUUACAGAAAGGUGUGCUUGACCUACGAUUUAGACCCCACACAGUUCUAUACUUAUGCGAAAUGGCCGGAAGAUGUCCAACCCAGCGAGCAGCGCCCUGGGCUGGUGAACCGCUUGCUGUCCUUGUUGGGCCUUACCAAGACUGAAGCAGACAACGCUGAGCCAUCGGCACCGGCGCCUUCCUCGCCUUCGACCUGGCGACCCUUUUCGUUUUGCUACCAACCAGGCGCCGACUUGCCAGUUUGCCAAGCUGCAGGCCACCAGGAGGUGGUGCACCAACAAAGAUGUGCGGGCAUUUCUCCCUUUGCACGAAACAUAGCGCAGACGGCUCGAGGCUUUAAGAACUGGAAGCCAGUGAUGCCCGCUGAAGAGAUAGACUUUGAAGGUGAGGGCCAGUCUCAGCUCGGUGGUGAGCUUGAUGAACCGUCCCGAAGGCCUUUGCAACAGAGAUGUCCAACUCGUCCAACUCAAAGCUUUGAGAAUGCCCAGCCUCCCAUGGUGCGUGGACGUCCUUUGCCUGGGGCCAAGAGAGUCCUGCCCUUGGAGGGUGCUUCAGCGGCCGGCGGCCUUGUGGAUGCGAAGCGGAGGAAGCUUUCUUCAGCUUGA